CGGAAGCGAAUGUCCGUUUCCGGGCGGCUGAUUCGAGGGCUGACUUACAAGCCGCGCCUCAGAGGGGCUGCAUCCUGUAGUGUCAUGCCCUCCGAAGGCCGAUGCUGGGAGACCCUGCAGGCGCUGCGCAGUUCCGACAAAGGCCGCCUCUCCUACCACCGUGACUGGCUGCUGCAAGGCGAGGAUAUUUUAGAAGAAUGUAUGUCUCUUCCCAAGCUAUCCGCUUACUCCGGAUGGGUGGUAGAUCAUGUCUUACCUCAUACACAAGAGAACUCACCUCCCUCUGAGACAUCAACAUCGUCUGGAUCUACUUCAGCCCUAGACCAACCCUCCUGUGUUCCCAAAUCUCCUGUCAGAAAUGCUACAUUCUCACCAGCCUCCCUCACAGCACCAGAUGAAACCAAGGGCAAACAUGAAUCUCAACAUACGGAAUCUAUGCUACUUCAGUCCUCCCGGGGAAUCAAAGUGGAAGGCUGCAUCCGAAUGUAUGAGCUGGUACACAGAAUGAAAGGAACAGAGGGCCUGAGGCAAUGGCAGGAGGAACAAGAGAGGAAGGUGCGAGCCCUCUCAGAGAUGGCAUCUGAACAACUGAAGCGGUUUGAUGAACGGAAAGAAUUGAAGCAGCAUAAAGAAUUCCAGGACUUACGGGAUGCUAUGGAGAAGAGUACCAAAGAAGCCCUGGGGCUCCAGGAGAAGCUGAAAGCUGAGCAUCGACAUAGAGCAAAGAUUCUGAACCUGAAAUUGCGGGAGGCAGAGCAACAGCGCCUGAAGCAAGUGGAGCGGGAGCGGCUUCGGAGGGAAGAAGGCCAGAUUCGCCUGCGGAGCCUCUAUGCACUGCAGGAGGAGAUGCUGCAUCUCAACCAGCAGCUGGACUCCUCCAACCAGCAAAAAGACCUGCUCAAGAUAGACCUGUCUGCCUUCUGGACCCGAGGCAACCAGCUGUGCGGCCUCAUUUCAGGGAUCAUUCGGGCCGCUUCUGAGAAUGACUUUCCUACAGCAGAGGACCAAGCUAUGGCUGAGCAAGCUCUGCAGGAAAUGCGGGACCUCCUUACAAACUUGGAUCAGGAGAUCACCAGAGCCUGUGAAGACAAGCGAAGGCAGAAUGAAAAGGAGGCUGUCCAGGUAAAACAGCGAGAAUCACAGGCGCAGCAGAGGCCAGAGGCCCAGAAGGAGUCCCCAGCUCCCAGCCAGGGCACAGGAGGGAAACAGAAUGAAGACCUCCAGGUGAAGGUACAAGACACUACAAUGCAGUGGUACCAGCAGCUGCAAGAUGCUUCCAGUCAGUGUGUGUUGGCCUUUGAGGGACUGACCAGCAGCAAGGACAGUCAGACCAAAAAGAUAAAGAUGGACCUCCAGAAGGCUGCCACCAUCCCCGUGAGCCAAAUCUCCACCAUUGCAGGCUCUAAGCUGAAGGAGAUCUUUGACAAGAUCCACAGCCUGCUCUCUGGAAAACCUGUUCAGUCUGCUGGACACUCUGUGUCUGUCACACUUAACCCACAGGGACUGGACUUUGUUCAAUACAAAUUGGCAGAGAAAUUUGUGAAACAAGGAGAAGAGGAAGUGGCCUCUCAUCAUGAAGCAGCAUUCCCCAUCGCAGUUGUAGCAUCUGGUAUCUGGGAGCUCCACCCCAGAGUGGGGGACCUCAUUCUUGCUCAUCUACAUAAGAAGUGUCCUUACUCAGUUCCUUUUUAUCCAGCUUUCAAGGAGGGAAUGGCUUUGGAAGACUAUCAGAGGAUGCUUGGCUAUCAAGUGAAGGAUUCCAAAGUAGAACAGCAGGACAACUUUCUAAAACGCAUGUCUGGGAUGAUCCGUCUCUAUGCCGCCAUCAUCCAGCUCCGGUGGCCAUAUGGAAACCGACAAGAGAAUCAUCCUCAUGGCUUAAACCAUGGCUGGCGCUGGUUGGCACAGAUCUUAAACAUGGAACCCCUGUCAGAUGUGACAGCUACCCUACUCUUUGACUUCUUGGAGGUGUGUGGCAAUGCCCUCAUGAAGCAGUACCAGGCCCAGUUUUGGAAGAUGAUACUUCUCAUCAAAGAAGACUACUUUCCCAGAAUUGAAGCCAUCACAAGCUCAGGAGAGAUGGGUUCCUUCAUACGCCUCAAACAGUUCUUGGAGAAAUGUUUGCAGCGCAAAGAGAUUCCUCUCCCCAAGGGCUUUCUGACAUCUUCCUUCUGGCGCUCCUGAUGUCGGCUCCAUCAUCGCCCGUCGUCACCAUUACGUUGCUCUGUUUACAAAGAGGCAAUAAUAAAGCAACUGAAGACAGCUGUAUUUGGGAGAAGUCAUGUCAGAUUUAGAAAUCUGCCAAUAUAUGUUUUCAUAUACUUGCGACCAGGAGAGGGGAUUUUCAUGGGUCACAAAAUCUAGGAGGUCCCUUAGUAAAUUUGGUAGCUUCUCAAGAGAUUCACAUGAUAGAAUAAAUUGUAUUGGCCUUUUUCAGGUCUGUGAAGAGGAGAGGAGUUUAGAAGUUAGUGUCAUCCUUUAUUUCAAGUAUCUUUCAGAAAAUAGGUGAUAACCUUAACUAUUUAACUCUGAGCUGGAGUCCACCACUUUCACUCUUGUCCCCACCCCUGUUCAAAUGAAUUCUCAGGAAGAGCAAAGACUCAUGAGAUCUCCCCUUUAAAAUAUACUUGAAUAGUUGAGGCCUAAAUCUUGACAUGCAAAUUUGGGUUAUGGUUGGUUUGUCUUCCUCAGCUUGUGAAGUGUUUGUAAAUCCAGAGGGAAAGUGUGAUGUAGACAUGGACUAUAGCCAGACUGCAUCAGGGAUGGCUGAGUGUCUGGGAUUAGGACUGUUAACACAUGUUGAACUAAGAGGCACUGUUUGUCCUCUUAAUUUGGAUUUGGUCCCUGGAUGCUAGGGAUUCAUGACCCAGGGCAGAUGCCAUUUUUUUUGUUUUUCAGUUUGCAUUAAGAUGGGCUGAGCUGGAGCUUUCAACAUUAUACAUGAGCUGAGCAUCUAUAAGUAAUGAAUCAGGGUUAAAUAAGGAUGUUAGGGAGGAACUAAGAACUGCAUUACCAUUUUUCACAUGUUUUGAGUAAUGAAAGGUGAUAAAUUUGCCUGACUAAAGCCAUUGAAAAAUCCAGAGCUUGGCUAUUCAGCUAAGAGAUGAGGUUUGUUUUAUCAGAGGCAGCAGCCAUGGAUGUUUUCCUCUAUGCUAAAUGUCAUGUAUUUGGGUGGGUGGGU